AUGGGCAGUGAAGCUAUCAUCGGCGUCCUGGAUUCUGGUCUCUCUCUCUCUCUCUCUCUCUCACACACACACAUUAGGUUAGUAACUAUAGGAAUAUGGCCAGAGUCAAAGGCAGUCAACGAUCAAGGCUUUGGACCAAUACCUAAGCGCUGGAGAGGAAAAUGUAAAUCAGGAGAAUGGUUUAACGCCACAAUUCAUUGCAACAAGAAGCUAAUAGGAGCCAAAGAUGCAAACGGCCAUGGCACGCAUACAGCCAGCAUAGCAGGUGGCUCGUUCGUCCCCAACACCAGCUACUUCGGUCUAGCCGGAGGUACGGUCCGGGGCGGUGCUCCUCGGGCCCGCAUAGCUUCGUACAAGGUAUGUUGGAACGUAAUGGGAGUCUACGGAAGAGGAAAAAGAUGCUCAACUGCUGAUAUCUGGAAGGGCUUUGAUGACGCUAUACAUGACGGAGUUGAUGUUUUGUCGGUUUCUCUCGGAACGACUAUUCCUGAGGGUUCCGAGGUCGAUAAUGUGGCGGCUUUUCACGCGGUGGCUAAAGGGAUUCCGGUUGUGGCCUCGGCGGGUAAUGAAGGGCCUGGUGGUCAGACUGUUGUCAAUGUUGCUCCUUGGCUCUUGACCGUUGCUGCAACUACUCUCGACCGGUCUUUUCCUACGAAGAUCACACUUGGGAAUAAUCAAACCUUGUACGCUGAAUCUCUCUUUACUGGACCGGAGAUCUCAACCGGUUUAGAUUUCGUGGACUCGCGCAGUCACGACGAUAGUGUUGAUGUGAAGGGAAAAAUAGUUCUUUUUUACGAUAAGGUUACUUCAGUUGCAAGGAACGGAAUGGGUGUCAUCUUAGCACGAAAGCCCGACGAUAAUCUUUCUCCAUCCCAUUCUUUACCGUUAGUCUUCACAGACUACGAGACUGGAACCGACAUUUUAGAAUACCCAACAGAUCACCAACGGAGAGAACUGAGAAUAAGUGCGGCUACUACACUAACCGGUCAGCCUGCAACGACUAAGGUUGCUGCAUUCUCGUGUAGAGGCCCUAAUUCAGUUUCACCAGCCAUUCUCAAGCCUGAUAUAGCAGCUCCUGGUGUGAGUAUACUCGCGGCAAUAAGUCCGAAAAAUCCUGAUUCGCACAACGGAUUUGGACUCGUUUCAGGGACAUCAAUGUCGACUCCUGUUGUUUCCGGAAUCGUAGCUCUCCUCAGAUCUCUACACCCUAAAUGGUCUCCUGCUGCUAUUAGAUCAGCUUUGGUCACAACAGCUUGGAGAACAAGUCCAUCCGGAGAACCCAUUUUCGCUGAAGGAUCAAACAAGAAACUUGCAGAUCCAUUUGACUAUGGAGGAGGACUUGUAAACCCUGAAAAGGCUGCAAAACCAGGACUUGUCUACGAUAUGGGGAUCAAAGAUUACACCAACUACAUGUGUUCCGUGGGUUACAAGGACUCCUCUAUCUCUAGUGUGCUCGGUAAAAAGACUAAGUGCCCAACUCCUAGGCCAUCAGUUCUUGAUUUCAACUUGCCUUCAAUCACAAUUCCAAAUGUUGAGCAACAAGUCACUCUCACAAGAACCGUAACCAACGUUGGACCUACCAAGUCAGUCUAUAAAGCAGUGAUCGAGUCUCCUCUCGGUAUAACUCUCACCGUGAAACCUACCACACUCGUGUUUACUUCAGCUAAGAGAGUGCUCACUUUCACGGUGAAGGCUAAAACGAGUCAUAAAGUCAACACUGGCUACUUCUUCGGAAGCUUAACAUGGACCGAUGGUGUUCAUCAUGUCAAAAUCCCUGUCUCUGUUCAGACAAAGAUCAUGGUCAAGCCGUAA